GUUGAUAGACCUCUUUCGUAAACAUCCACAUUGACUACUGCUAGCCAAGGGUUGUAGAAGUGAAUACUUGACGACAAAAUGUUGAGAACCUCUGCAUUUUUCUCUGCUCUUGGUAGAAGAUCAAUUCAAGGAAACUUAAGAUAUGCAAGUUCAGCAGCAGCUCAGAAGAAGACAGAUGAGGGAAAGGUUUCACCUGGCAAAGCCCAGGAGUCAAAGUCAUUUGCCAUGAACAUUUUCAGAGGCAUUGUAAAAACAGAUCAAGUUUUUCCUUUCCCAGAGGUGUUGGAUAAUGAACAAAGUGAUACCUUAAAAAUGCUUGUGGAUCCAUGUGCCAAGUUCUUUGAGGAGGUGAAUGAUCCUCUAAAAAAUGACAGCCUUGAGAAAGUGGAAGAGCCUGCUAUGGAGGGAUUAAAGGAGAUGGGCGCCUUUGGUCUCCAAGUGCCUAUAGACAAUGGCGGUCUCGGCCUGACCAAUACCCAGUACGCUCGAUUGGUGGAAAUUGUUGGGUCACAUGAUCUUGGUGUUGGAAUCACAUUGGGUGCUCAUCAGUCUAUAGGCUUCAAAGGAAUAAUUUUGUUUGGAACACAAGAACAAAAAGACAAGUAUCUCCCUGACCUCGCAUGUGGUAAAAACAUGGCUGCUUUUUGUUUGACUGAACCAAGCAGUGGCUCAGAUGCUGGGUCUAUUAAAACCAAAGCAGUUCUUUCCCCGGAUGGCAAGCACUACAUCCUGAAUGGCAGUAAAAUCUGGAUUAGUAAUGGAGGGCUUGCAGAAAUCUUUACUGUAUUUGCUAAGACACCUGUCAAGGAUGAGAAAACUGGUGCAACAAAGGAGAAAGUGUCUGCCUUCAUUGUGGAACGGUCUUUUGGAGGUGUUUCCAAUGGACCUCCCGAGAAAAAGAUGGGAAUCAAAGCCUCCAACACAGCAGAGGUGUACUUUGAGGAUUGCAAAUUUCCUGUAGAAAAUCUUCUUGGAGGAGUUGGAGAUGGAUUCAAGGUUGCCAUGAAUAUCCUGAACAACGGAAGAUUUGGUAUGGCAGCUGCUCUGUCAGGAACCAUGUCAUCCUGUAUCAAGAAAGCUGUUGAACAUGCGUCUCAGAGGAAGCAGUUUGGGGAUCUGAUCAGUAACUAUGGCGCGAUACAGGAGAAGAUUGGCCGUAUGGUGAUAAUGCAGUACGUCACGGAGUCCAUGGCUUACAUGCUGUCUGCCAAUAUGGACCAAGGGUCAACAGAAUUCCAGAUAGAGGCUGCCAUCAGCAAGAUUUAUGCUUCAGAAGCAGCAUGGUUUUGUGCUGAUGAGGCAAUCCAAAUUUUAGGAGGAAUGGGAUAUAUGAAGGACUGUGGCUUGGAGAGAGUGAUGAGAGAUUUAAGAAUUUUCCGAAUUUUUGAAGGAACAAAUGACAUUCUCAGACUUUUCAUCGCUCUUACUGGAAGUCAGUAUGCUGGAAACUACCUCAAAGAACUUAAGAAAGCCAUGUCCAAUCCCUUGGGUAACAUUGGAAUGUUCUUGGAGUAUGGAAGCAAAAAAGUACUAAAGUCAAAGGCUGAUGAUAAUGGAGCUAAAGCUCUUAUCCAUCCUUCACUUAUGAAUUCAGCUGACCAGACUUUUGCUGCUAUUGGUGAUUUUGGAUCUACUGUAGAACAACUUCUUAUGACCCAUGGCAAAAAUAUCACCAACCAGCAGUUCCUUCUCAAGAGGGUUGCUGACUCAGCCAUUGAUAUCUAUGGCAUGGUUUCUGUCCUCUCAAGAGCGUCAAGGUCACUCAAAGAAGGACACAGUUCUGCUGACCACGAGGCAACUAUUACCAAAGUAUUCUGUAAUGAGGCCAAAGCUAGAGUUGAUGCAAACCUAUUGGCUUGCCAUGCGACAAAGGGUGAAAAGGAAAAUUUCAAUGGGCUGGAGAAGAUUUCCAAAGAUGUGGUGGCCCACGGAGGAUUACUACAGAAACAUCCUCUAGGAUUCUAGGACAUGACGUUGUACGGCCAUCAGGGAGGACAAGUUUAAUACAAUGCACUGUUACAGCAUUUAUCUCAACUCAUCUCUUGUUUUAUUCAUCACAGAAAACAUAUUUAAGUGACUUUAAACAAGAUACUUGUUAUUUUAUUGAAGAACAACUCUUCUUUAUCCUUAUGUAAAUGAACAUGCUUAUGAUUGAACUAUAUUUUUAGUUUAAGUACAUGUAGUAAGGAUUGCAUACAUUUGUUAUUAUUUUGCUGAUUGGAUUCUUCCUCUGUGACAUUGAGAUGAUUGUCUUUCACAUUCUGUAAGGAGCUGUGGUUUUAUUUACCUCAUCAUAUACAAUAUAAAGCCCUCAUACAUGUAUAAUUGAAGUUUCAAUAAUUUGAAACUUGUUUCCAUUAUGUAGAUCUUGAAAAUAACUGUGAUAAGAAUUAUUUCAUUCGCUGGUGAUGAAUGUUUCAUUUUUUUUAUAUUAAUGGUAUAUUUUGUGAGAAAGGUACAUUUACAGCAUCUUUACAUAUCUGUAUUUGUAAGAUUUUUGUAAUUUUCUUUUUAGUUGUUAGAUCAUAUGUAGACUUAUUUGAACAAGGUAGAUUAUGCUAGUACACAUGUAGUCUUCAUAUAAGUAGAUUUGAUUUCAAUUUGUUUCUGUUAGUACAUGUAAGUGUAUUUUUUCUGAAAUUUUUUUUCUUUGAAAGAGGAAAAAAUAUAAUUGUCCAAUACCAUGCGUAAUUAGUUUUUAAAAAGGAUAUUAAAUUAUCAAAAGAGUAGAAGUCCUAAGUAACUUGCCACAUUAGAUAAUGUAAAUAUCUAUUGGAAAAUGUGUGAACAGUGAGUGCAUGAAUCUCAGGAUGAGGCAGUGAGAAAGAGCCAUAAUAUCUGUGUACACUCAAUCAAAAUUUUCUGCAAUGCCCAGCAAUGCAAUUUGUAAUAUAAGAGUUUUUGUGCAGGAUUUUAGAACAAAAUUGUAAAUUCUUACAGCAGAAAGUUAAUAAGCUGAGAAUGAAUGUUAAAUGUUUGAAUGUGGCAUCACUUUGAUUUACCACUAGAAGUUUGUUGUGUUGGCACUCUGAUAUCUAGGGCAAUAAAUAUUGGGUUUCUUAAUCAGUUGUUUAAAGUUUAAUUUGGUGUAAAUAAAUUUUCUAGCAAAAAUUC